AUGUUCAAAGAUUCCAAAGACCCCGACGGUGACUCCGAAAUGGCCUCCUCUGUUGACUCUGUCUCCGAUGUCCCGGGCAAUGGCGCGCGCACCCCAACUCACAACCCUCAAGCUACUGCGGCCGCCGCAUCAGAGCUCUCCCCGCCCGGUUCACAACCACAACAAGCCCCCAGUACUACGACAAUGAACAAACCGAAGGGUGUCGAACUUCCGACAGGGACUGGACCGGCUAAGGCGACAGACCACGUCAUUGCGGCGUGGAAGGGCAAGCGUGCAAAGGAAGACUUUCAGCGGGCAAUGGACCAUGUAGUCGACAAGGACUUUAAUCUGAAUGAAUUUGGUGAUCCGUUUGAUGAGCGCGAAUUGAAUAAGCCAUUCGAUGAGCCUGGUUUGAACAAGUCGCUCAAUGAGCGUGUUUGA